AUGUCACGCGGUCCGCUUGAAAACCCUAUGUCGGCAACAGUAUGUGCCUUGCAUGGAAAUUUAGGGUUUGAAGGUUAUAAAGUGGGAAAAACGUUAACAGCCGAGAGAGAUACGAAUUUUGGAGUCUUAGGCGACUUUUGGAGGCUGUUGAAGACUGUUGAAAGCUACGGUAUUGCUUGGAAUCGUCGGUGGAUGCCCCAUACGCGCUCGCAGGGACCGCCGCCACUUCCGUUUACACUCAAGUCUUCCUUCUCGUCUUCUACGUCCGAGGUACGUGCUUCUAGCUCUACUUCGUCUUCACAUUCCACCCCAGCGUUCGAUUUUACACCAAAGUCUUCACCCCACAAUUCCCCGCCACCCACCCGUCCACCUAGUCCACCACCCGUAGUUCACAUGGCCAGAAGGACAGUUUACGAUCAGGCGACCACCGGCUUUGCCGGUGGGAAUUCCCCCAUCACCCUUCCAGAGAUCUCGAACGAUCGGUCUUGGCAGAUUCCAUCCUACACUAUGACCGCCAUCACAAAUUCUUGCCAAUUCCAUGGUCGUGACGACGAGGAUGCCCCCGCUCAUAUCAAUCGCAUCACUCGUCUCUGCAGCACCUUCUCCAUUGAGGGUGUCAAUCUUGAUGCUAGGUAUCUUCAGGUUUUUCCGUUCUCACUCGCUGGACGCGCAGCCGUCUGGUUCGAUUCCCAGCCAGCUGGCACUUUCACUACUUGGGCAGGUCUUCGCGAUGCAUUCUUAGCCAAGUAUUUUCCGCCAGCCAAGGCGUCUCGCCUUCGUGACCAGAUUCACUCAUUUCGUAUGGAGCCGGAUGAGCCGUAUCACUUAGCUUGGGAGCGUUUUCAGACCUUGAUUCCCUGUUUUUCUCAGCAUGGUCUAUCCGAUUGGGCGUUGGUAGAGAAAUUCUACAAUGGUCUUACUCCUGAGAUUAGAGCUCGCUUCGAUACUUUAGCAGGAGGUCAACUUAUGGGAAAGAAGACGGUGGCUGAGUGCAAUGAUUUGUUUGAGAGUUUUUCUCACUCCGAUAUGGACUACAGUACUACCAGCAGGACUUCCAUUCCUGUGCGUACCACCUCGGCCGGUCGAGAGGUAAACCAAGUUAGCCUGGAUCCAUCGGUAGCUGCUGUAGUCGAGAGUUUGAGGCAGGAGAUGAGGCAAGAGUUGAGCGAGAUAAAGAAGAAAGUUGAUAGGUGUGAGGUUUGUCGAGGAGGUCAUGAUACUAUCGAUUGUCCUACCCUUACUCUUGAGCAGGUAGAGUACAUAGCCGGUCAGUAUAGGGGUCCCACGAAUCCGUUCAAUAAUUCUAAUUCCAGCUGGCGUGGUAGUGGUAAUUCGAGUGGUUACCGUUCGUCUGGAAAUCCUCCUGGAUUUCCAUCUGGUCCUUGUCAGAGUAGAGGGCCCGGUAUUUACACGAAUUCUAGUUCAGGGCAGUUUAGUGGGUCAGGUUCGAGUGCGCAGUUUGCGAGUGGAGGAGCGACUCAGGAGAGUCAGGGUAGUGGGAAGGCUCCCGAGAGUAGUCUGAGCAGGUUAGAGGAGAUGUUCGCUCAGAUGAUGACGCAGAAUCAGGCAUUCGUUAAAAGGCAGGAGCAGACUAAUAAGAAUCAAGAACUCCAGCUCAAGAGUCAGCAGGCCGCCCUUCUUGAUCUUCAGCGAACAGUGGGCGGACUUGCUAAGCAGUUGCAGGAGCACCCGCCGGGUCAGUUUUCGGGAAACACUUUCACGAAUCCCGCGAAUCAAUCAGCGAAGGCGAUUACGACCCGUAGUGGGAAAAGUUUGGGAGAGGUAGUGAGAGAGAGAGUUGAGGUUGAAGAAGUAGAGGAAGAAGUUGAUGAGGAGAUCGAGAUGGAGGCUCCAGGCAAGUUGAAAAUCAAUCUUCCGUUCAUCGAGGCGCUUCAGUCUAUGCCUAAGUAUGAGAAAUUUCUCAAAGAUCUUUUGAAGCGUAAGGAGAGAAUCGGUGAGCUUUCGAAUAUUCCGUUGACAGGAGGUUGUUCCGCGGUAGUCUUGAAUAAGCUACCAGAGAAAUUGACCGACCUUGGUACUUUCACGAUUCCAUGUUUCUUUGGGGGAGCCGUUACCCCUGCUCACGCCUUAGCCGAUUUAGGGGCCAGCGUCAAUCUGAUGCCAUUUUCGUUGUACGAGCGACUUGGUCUAUGA